AUGAAAACGAAAAUAUUAAUUGUUACAAUAUUAAUAUUUUCAUAUUGUUAUCUAGGUAGGGAAAAUGACAUUUUUGAUGAUGAAUAUGACUAUAUAGUAAUUGGUGCUGGUACCGCUGGUAGUAUUGUUGCCGGUAAAUUAUCAGAUAAUCCAAACAAUAAGGUUUUAUUAAUAGAAGAAGAUGCUACCAAUCCAAAUAUUUGGACAACAAAAGAUUGGUAUGAUCAUUUCUUAGGACAUCCGGAUCCAGAUAUAUCAAGAGCAUUCUAUACACCUGCGGAACCAGGUUUGAACUAUCGUACGGAAACUCUUAUGAGAGCUGUAGUUACAGGUGGUUGUAACGCUCACAAUGGUAUGGUGGUGAUUCCAGGCGAUCGUCAACUCUAUGAUGGUAUUGCCGAUGCUACCGGUGAAUCGCAAUGGAGUUGGAAUAAUAUGGCUAGCCAUUUCUCAGAAUUGAAAUCGAAAUUCUAUUUGCGACAUCUCGAUGACAAUAGAGUGUUCCUUUCAGAGUUGAAACAAUCGAUUCAAUCGAUUGGAAUACCUUUGGUAUCGGAUAACUUUGGUGGUUCACUCCGUGGACUUACCAAUAUCAUUGAUCAAUCUAAACCGGAUCCACAGUUAGGACAAAGAAGAGAAACUACCUACAGUAACUAUAUCGAUGCUGUUCUUGCAUCGCGUAGUAAUCUUCAGGUUCUCAUUCGUAAUCGUGCGGAAAAGAUCAUGUUUUGCGAUAAUAAUAAUAGCACCUCUAGUACUAGUGAUCGUCGAGCUUGUUUCAUUCGUUUACGUGAUACCACUACCAAUACCAUUAGAACUAUCAAGGUUGGAAAAGAAUUGAUUCUCAGCUUGGGUGCCUAUGAAUCACCGAUGCUAUUGCAAGCAAGUGGAGUUGGUGAUCCUGCCAAACUCUCACAGGCAGGUAUUACACCAAUAAUCAACUCACCCAAUGUCGGUAUGCGUUUGUUGGAUCAUAUCUACAUGAACUAUGCAGGUAAGCCAUUGCUUGGAAGUAUUCAAUCACCACCACAAAGCGAUUGGGACAAUAGAAAUACAGUGGCCGAUGGAUUCUUUUUGUUUGGUGCCAUCGAUGCAAACAGUAGUACCAACGACUACACUUUGGCAACUGAUAUCCAGUAUAUGUGGGACGGUAAGAUCUACUUUAACUGUGCAGUGGAAAUGGUAAGUCCACAGAGUGAAGGUGAGGUACAGGUAAAGCAGGUCAAUGGAAAUGGUGCUGCCAUACAACCAUUGAUCGAGCAAAACUAUCUAAGCGCUCGUCACGAUGUAGAUGUAUUGAUAGCCGCCAUUAAGGAGUGUCGUCGUAUUCAAUCGCGUUUGGUAGACAAUGGUAUUCUCGAUGGUAGCAAACCAGAGUUUAGUUCGACGGCAGGUGACACUGAUCAAUCGCUUGAACAAUACGUCAGAAACACUGGCAAUGGUGACUAUCAUCCACAUGCAUCCAUUCGUAUGGGUAGAGCUGACGAUGCAUCUGCGCCACUCACACCUCGACUAAAAGUCCGUGGUACUAGCAAUGUCCGUGUUAUCGACGCAUCGUCAUUCCCCAUACCCAUUAGAAAUAAAAUUAACAUACCAAUUGCCAUACUUGCAAUGCAAGGUGCUGAUUUUAUCACCCAAGAUAAUAACUAA